AUGCUCUACGCAAUUGAUACUCCAAAUGGAUUUCGUGAAGAUGUUCAAUUAACCCUAAAACAAAAAAGUAUAAUGGAGCUUAAUUCAUGGUUUUCAGACCUCAAUGAAUCAAAUUUGAAACAUAUUGCCAAAUAUAUCAUAAGUUCAACCUUUGCCAAGACACAAGAAUCAUUACCAAUUUUAUGCAAGACUCUAUUAAAUACGAUUCAACUCCGUUUCCUGGAAUUACCACUUUAUGUUGAAUUAAUUUCAAAAAUUUUAGCUGGAGAAAGCAAAAGGAAUGCAAUUGGAGCUCUUCCAGCCGAGAUAAUUAAAGUAUGCUUCGAAUUCACACCAGAAUACAAUCCAGAUGUUGUUAUUACGAAAUUUCACUUUCUAAGAAUGCUUUUGAAUGCUAAACUUGUCAAAAUUCAGUCAAUUACAGCAUCAAUGAAAGAAAUAGAUGCCUCCAGACCAAACUUUUUAUUCCUUGCCGCUUUAUUCUUUUUACCAGAAAUUACAUCUACGGAUCAACGCUUUACAAAGAAGUUAAACGAGAUGAUUCCUGAUCUUCGACUUACAGAGAGGUGUUUACACCCAUAUCAAGACAGAUUUUCCGAACUUAGCGAAAAUGAUUUUUCGAAAUUAAAAGAACUUACAGAAAUUGGUGUUGAAAAGACACAUAUUGCCUACAGUAUAAUGAAAGAUGAUGUCAAUUCUUUCGAAAGGCACGUAAAUCAAGAAAAAAUAGAUUUGGAAGGAUUUGUUGAUGACAUUUUGUUUAUUCCAUGCCAAUUCUUGAAGAUGACACCAUCAUAUAUUGACUUUCCAGCCUUCUUUGGCUCAACAAAGAUCGUUGACUGGAUAUUAUCACAUAAAAUACAAUUUUCUUCUCCGAUGAUGUUCGCUGUUGCCGGUGGAAACAUGAAAUCGAUACAAUACUUCUUAUCUCGUGGUUAUGACUUCGAAAAAUGCCUCAGAGUCGCAACUUAUUUCAAGAGAAUUGAUUUGUUCAAUUACAUUCGACCAAAAAUCGCUCAGGCAUUCUACAACUCCGAAUUGAAUAUUUGUUUAUGUCGUGCAUCAGAACAGAAUGAGAUAAGAGUUGUUAAAUUCUGCAUUGAUUCUAAAUGCAACGUAAAUUGCACAGAUGAAAAAGGAGAAUCGCCUGUUUUCCUUGCAUCUAGAGCAGGAAAUAACCAACUGUUGAAGAUUCUUCUUGAUGUACCUGGCUGCAGCAAGAAAAUACCAAAUAUGUUUGGAAAUAGAGCUGAUGAAGUCGCUGAAGAUGCAACUCUUCAGACACUCCAAGAUUUUGACGAAUAA